CUAUGCAAGACGUACCACACAGGAGUGAAACCUUGCAAUAUUCCUAUAGUCACUCCUAAAGUAGUUAAACAAAGGUUGGAGCUUUGCAAGGAGAGAAGAGGAAAGAGAGCAGAAAUAUGAAAGUGGGGAAUCCUAAGUUUGAUGAGAGCAACUGUGAAGAUGACAUAAGCAUUGUUCUCUCAAGCACCAAGCAACUGCAGGUGGGGUCUCUCUCACUGAUUUAGAUAGACAUCAAAUAUAAACAAUCCACGCAUACAAGGAAAUAAAAUCUACUCCGACCAUCACACCACUCCUCCACUAUGCUUUCUAUGCAUCCAAUCUGAUGAGCUAGAUUCCUACAGGCCAUUCAAUCUCUCUAUUCAAUCCAACCUCACUCCCAUCUCAAGUAAUGAUCAUCCUGGAAGAGCAUGAUGAUGGUGAUGUAACAGGCAACAAGGAACUAGAACUAGAAAUUGAAGUAAUGAACAGAGAAGAGAACUAUAUUGAAGCAAGUGAAGGUGAGAAUCCAGAACCAGAAGAGUGGUUGAACCUGAGUUUAGGAGGAACUCAACUCUCAGCAGCACCAGAAUACUCAGAACCACGAUCAAGAUCACCAUCAAAUGCCAAAAUCUUCUCGUGCAAUUUCUGCAUGAGGAAGUUCUACAGCUCACAAGCCUUGGGGGGGCACCAGAACGCACACAAAAGGGAAAGAGGAGCUGCCAGAAGAUAUAAUCAGACUCACAAGAUGACGACGACGAUGGGUUUGUCCAUGAACAGUCCCAUGAUUCGAUCACUUGGAGUUCAGCCUCAUUCACUGGUACACAAGCCUUACAGAGGAGGAGGAACGAGAAUAGCAACACCAAGCUUUCAUGAGGCUUGUUAUUAUGGAGGGGUUGGAAUGGGACUGGAGAAUUAUUUCAUGACUGAUGAGAAUCAAGUGGAUUUGGUUUGGCCUGGAAGCUUUCGAUUGGAUCCACAACAAGAAGCCGACCCACCUAAAGAGAAAGAGUCAUCAAUCAAGCUGGAUCUAGACCUCCGACUCUGAGAGACUCAAGAGUUUGCUCAUUGGUUUUAAGAAUGCACGACCCAGAGGUAGGAGAUCCAUGAACUUGAAGAGCAAACGUCUUGGAUGAUGCUUCUGCUGCAUAUUCAUGCUACAAGAAUUAGGGUUUCAGACGUUUACUUCGGGCCUUUUUUAUUCCAAGGUAUUUAUCUUGGUCAUAGCACCAGCAAAACCUAAACUAGGCGUUUUUAGUUCUUUGAUGCUACAAAUAAUUAUUGCUGUUCUGCACACAUAGGAAGUCUGGUUUGCUUUCAAGCCAUGCUAUCUCGAUUUUCUUGAUUCUAUUCUAUGCUUCAAUAAAAAUAUCAGUGUCGUUGAUAAAAUAA